UGUACCAUGAUACCUUCCUUCACUCUGUCACACCAAAUAUACUCCACAAUUUUCACUUCCCACUUCAAUAGACUGCGUCUGAACAGCUACAACUUAAUUCUUCAAAACUUCUUCAUCUAUUGAUCUAUCAAAUACGAAUAGAAAAGUCGCGCGUAUGAGUGGUCGCUCGUCAGUUUUUACAUCCCAGGUAUGUUCUCGUCCUUUGUCUAUCUUGAUGAGUCAAACCUCAAAAUAUCCUCAAUUCCUAUGUUUGGUCUGAAAGCUGGAGCCAAAUCCUCUCCUAUCCAUUACAGGAGGAGGAUGACUCUUCAUCAAGCAAAACAUCUGUAGCAAUUCGCAAUCUAGAACCGUUUCACUAACAUGUUCUCGUAGGAUUAUAUCUCAGGUUCGCACAUAACCCUAUUCAUGACCCCUCCUACGACUCCUUUGCACCACCGAAAUUCUAACACUCUUGGUAUAGAUCACAUCUGGAAAGCUUCAGUCAACUGAAAAAGCUUUCUCCAACAUACCGUCUACUUAAAUUUUAUCAAUUCAAACAAACACAAUCAUGUUCUCUCGAUUCGUGAAGCCCGCAGCUUUUAAGCCAACAAGCUAUGGUAUCCAAAGGAUUGCACAACAAACUCGAUCCCUAGCUACAAUUGAAGGAAGUGCUGGUCGUGCCAUGCCAUAUACCCGUCCUCGUGCCACCCCUAUCUCUCAUGAUCGAGCUACAUUCACAAUUAGGGUACGUUAUGUUGGUUGGUGUAUGGAGAAAGAUUUGGGCUAAAUAUUUUGAUAGGAUGGCCCAGUCUUCCAUGGCAAAUCUUUCGGUGCCAAGUCCAACAUUUCUGGUGAAGCCGUUUUCACCACCUCCCUUGUUGGUUACCCCGAAUCCAUGACCGAUCCUUCUUAUCGUGGACAAAUUCUUGUUUUCACUCAGCCUUUGAUCGGAAACUAUGGUGUUCCAUCAUCUGCUAGAGAUGAGCACGGACUCUUGAAAUACUUUGAGUCACCAAACAUUCAGUGUGUUGGUGUGGUUGUUGCAGAUUAUGCUGAGAAGUAUAGUCAUUGGACUGCCGUGGAAAGUUUGAGUGAUUGGUGUGCUCGUGAGGGUGUCCCAGCUAUUUCUGGUGUUGAUACAAGAGCUAUUGUCACCUACUUAAGAGAGGAAGGUUCUUCUUUGGCUCGAAUCACCAUUGGUGAAGAAUAUGAUGCCGAUCAAGAUGAGGCUUUCGUUGAUCCUGAACAAAUCAACUUGGUCAAGAAAGUUAGCACCAAGGCCCCUUUCCAUGUUAGCUCUACCCUCGGAGAUAUGCAUGUUGCAGUUAUCGAUUGUGGUGUCAAGGAGAAUAUUCUGAGAAGUUUGGUCAGCCGUGGAGCAAGCGUCACUGUCUUUCCUUACGAUUUCCCAAUUCACAAGGUCGCCCAUCAUUUUGAUGGUGUUUUCAUUUCUAACGGACCUGGUGACCCAACUCAUUGUCAAGAGACUGUUUACCAUUUGGCUAGAUUGAUGGAGUCUUCUCAACUUCCAGUCUUUGGUAUCUGCCUUGGACAUCAAUUACUUGCUCUUGCAGCUGGGGCCCGUACCAUCAAACUCAAGUACGGAAACCGUGCCCACAACAUUCCAGCUCUUGAUUUGACCACUGGCCAAUGCCACAUCACCAGUCAAAAUCACGGUUAUGCCGUUGAUAUGACUACUCUUCCAUCCGAAUUCAAAGAAUACUUUGUCAAUUUGAAUGAUGGAUCCAACGAAGGUAAAUAUAGUUGAACUCGCUUGUUAUACUCUCAACUAACGUACCAUAGGAAUGAUUCACAAGACCCGUCCAAUCUUCUCCACACAAUUCCAUCCUGAGGCUAAGGGAGGACCAAUGGAUUCUUCAUACCUCUUCGAUAUGUACAUUGAGAAUGUUCAAAGCUACAAGAAGAACCAAGCUGUCUACCCAGCUGGUAAGGACAAUAGACCAAAUCCUCUUCUCGUAGAUAUCUUAUCAAAGGAGCGUGUUGGUGUUGCUCCAGCUCAACAAGCUGUUGCUGCCGCCGCUUAAGCUUAGGCCUAGGAGGAAAUGUGAUUAUUGGGAUUUUAUGGAGUGUGUGGGAUAUGGGAUUGUUUUUCAAUGGCGUCAUUAGUUUGUUGAAACUUGAUAGGAUUUUCUUGGAAGUUCAUAUAUACAUAGUGAUAUCAAGUUAUUCAAUGGAAUUGACCUUAAUUACGAGUUGAU